AUGCGCUACGAAAACUGGGAUAUCUUGCUCUUCCCGGAGGGCUCCAAGGUGCCCAUCCAAGAGUUUAAGACUCAAUGUUACGUGACCAAAGACACCGAAUCCCCUUACCUCCAAGUCCCUGAUAUUCUGAGUCCUCAGCAAUACUUUCGUGUUCAGGGAAACGUCGGUCAAGUCCCAGUUCUAACAUCGUUUGUUCCGAGCAUGCCCAAGGACAGCCCGUUUCGAGUAUCCAUUCACAGCUGGGAGAAACCUCACCCUAGUCGUUUCAUCGAGAAAAUGAUGCAACCAGAUGAUGUGUUGGUAUUUGAGGCUCGGGUCUUGAUUGAUGGUCAUCCAGUUGCAGGCGGUGUCUUUGGUCAGAGGUUUUCAUGGCCUUACGUGAUUGACUUCAGCUCUCGUAUGCAAUCACCCUCUGGUCCCUGCGAUCGAGAUGAAUGUGCUGACAAAGCUUCAGAUAUCGAUAGAGAUGGCAAUCAAGAUAUCAUACGCUUUCCAGCAUUUCAUCCUGAGAUCCUUGAGCAGCGACAUUGGGAUGCGGCAGAUCCAUUUGGCCGCAUCAAGGUGAUUAUUGCCGAAGGUUUUGCUCGGCCCAAUCGGUCUCCUCCUUUCGAACGAGUCAAAGAUGUUAUCUGCAUGUCUUUUCAACAUGCUCCUUUGCAUAUUCUUGAGUAUUCGAACAUUGCGUGGCCCAAUGCUAGCAUGUGGACGAGGGCGGUGCCAAUGAGUACCAAAUUCAACGCCGCGGGCGAUUUCGUUGCAAUGAAGUCUGAUGACACUCCGCAUAGCCAUUCCCCUGCUCGACCGGAACCCCGACUACUGCCAACGGCGAGCAGCCAGUCGUCCAGUAGUCAAGGCAUGCUCUACAACGCAUGGGUCGCCAACCGCGCGUUUCCUCUUCCUGCAUCUCAGUGGCAAAAUCAGCCCAAUGACCCACGUCGAUGGGGACUAUAUCAGGACCGAUAUCUCGGACCGUUCAUGACUGAGCAGAACAUUGAUACAUUAAUCAACGAGGAAGCCUGGACUCAUCGCGGUGCUCGGUCAUCCCGUGAGGAUGUCCCCAUGCUGGAUUACUCCAGUUCUUCUGGCAGUCGUGCCUUCUCGAGUAUGACCGGUGUCAGCUAUGAGCACAGCAAGCAACCUAGCCUGGAAGCACCGAUGGAUGAUGAACAAUACAAUGCAUUGAUCCAAGCAUUGACUCCCACCAAGCCACCGACCAUGGGCACUCGUGCACCUUCCAACACACCAUCUGCCGUUCCUCAGAUACCUAAGCCAUCAGCAGCAGCUAAAGCACGCUCCAAAGGAUACUCUCGAAGCAGUGCCCGUACCUCUGUUCUUCGUGACGUCUCGAACUCGAACCCUAGCACUCGAGAGGUCUCGGGCUCAACCAACAUAUCCAACGCUGUUCCGGUUCCCGACAAAAUCAUCACUCCGUCCAAGCUCGGGACCAGUCCCAGUGGAAAUGUCAAGGGCAAGAAAGAAGGAGCUAAAGAGAAUGCCAAGGAGACGCCAAAGCGAAGUCCACGGGGAGAUCUCAAGAAGCGUGUCACUCCCCAGAAAGACCAGGAGAAAGGGAAUGUUUCUAUACAUGAAUCCGGAGAUACUCUGCAAGAGGAAGACGACGAGAACGACGACGAGAACGUGACUCUUACGGCAUGUUUACUAUGA